GCGAAAAAUUAAAAUGUCCUCGAAAAGACCAAAGAUAUUCCUUCCGACAAUGUCAGCUGAAAACAAAAUUGAAAGUAUCCGCGCCUUUGAAUUUGUUUAUUUUUCGUUGAAGUUCCAAGGAAUGGUUAUUACGGAAGACUAUCGUCUGCGGCACAAAAUACACGUUGUUACCAAUUAUGUCCUUACAAAUAUUUGCCACUAUUCCACGUUUAUCAUUCAGCUGUUUUAUGUGAGUAAUUUGAGGGAGUUAUUGGGGAAUGUUCCUAUGAAUCUUUGUGUGACAACCUGCUCCAUCAAGUUCUUCGUGAUCCUGAGGCUGAGACCCAGUCUCAUUGAAAUCAAUCGACAGCUGGAACGCCUUGACAGUCGACCUAUGACGGACAGGCAAAAGGAUAAAUUAACAAAAGUAAUCAACUUUUGCAGGAUGAUUUCACAGAUUGUUAUCGUGUUCUAUCUGGGGGUGAAUUCAAUGUAUGCCAUUGCUGCCGCGCUUUCUCAUCGUACGAAGCUGGGAUUUGAAUCUUGGUUCCCCUAUGACUGGAGGAAGAACGCAUUUCGAUACUGGGUCUCAUUGCUCAUACAGACAAUUUUUCAGCUCCAAUUGUCCCUGGAACAGGUAGCAAAUGAUUUCCUCAGAGCCUUGUAUCUUUGUGUACUAAGCGCGCAUCUACAAAUAAUCAUGGAACGUUUUGCAGAGAUUCAUUAUGAUCCAGAGAAAACGGAGGAGGAAAGUUUCCAAGACUUCAUACAAUGUUUAGAGGAUCAUCGGAUUAUAAUGGAUAUCUUCAAAAUAAUAGAGAACAAUCUCUCCUUUACAAUUUUCUUUCAAUUCAUCGCAUCCAUUCUUGCAUUUUCAACCUCGGGUGUGAUAUACCUCAGAUUUUCGCCAACGUUGGCCGAAACUACGGCAAUAUUCAUACUCAUGUUAGCGGAAAUAACCGAGGUUUUUCCAUCCUGCUACUAUUCAAAUAAGUUUAUGGAAAAGACGGAUCAGAUGGUUUUUAUGCUCUACUCGUCAAAUUGGAUGGACCUAUCACCAAGAUUCCGGAAGCAUCUUAUCAUAUUCAUGCAGAUGACGCAGGAGAAAAAAGUUAUCUUGGCUGGAAAACAGAUACCGAUCACUUUGGCUACUUUCAUGUCCGUAAUGAAGGCUAUGUACACGGUAUUAAUGAUCAUGAGCCCAUCGGAGUAAUAUGGAUGUCUUUGACGAAAAAGGAUGUGAUUUGCGUU